AUGGAUUCUCAGAUCAAGCACGCCGUGGUUGUUAAAGUGAUGGGGAGAACAGGUUCGCGUGGUCAGGUGACUCAGGUAAGAGUGAAGUUCACAGACUCGGACCGUUUUAUCAUGAGGAAUGUGAAAGGACCGGUGAGGGAAGGAGACAUCCUCACUCUCCUCGAGUCCGAGAGAGAAGCCAGAAGACUCCGUUGAUUCUUAUGCAAAGUCUUCUCAAGAUUUAACAUUUUGAUGGUCAUUUCUCUUUUUGUUUUUCUCUAAGAAAACUGCUAUGUGUUAAUUAGUCUUUAUUGUUCAGACAAUGUUUGAAGAAUUUUUAAGACUAAACAUAUGUGCCAUUAUUAUCA